AUGUUCCACACACUGAAGGUGGUUGCGCUAAUGGCGCUGUUGGCCUCGCUCGAUUCCACUCAGGCCUAUGACGAGGAGAAGGAUACCAUUGUCGAGUUGCCAAAUUUGGGAACAGUACAAGGCAAGAUAUUGGAGACUGCCUGGAGUAGGAGAGAAGUUUUGCAAUUUGUGGACGUCAAGUAUGGGGAAUCACCAUCCGGAGUUCAUAGAUUUAAGGCCCCCCGUCCUGUGGAGCCUUGGGAAGAUGUAAUGGAUGCUACAGCAGCUAAAAUUGGAUGUCCUUCCAUUGUGGCCAUGGAGUCCUUGCAAAAACUGGAUGAGAUUAUGGACAUUGAGGACUGCCUGACAAUGACCAUAACCACCCCUGGCCUAAAUGGCAGUUAUCCUGUUUUAGUUUAUCUACAUGGUGAAUAUUUCUUUGAGGGCAGCAAUUCCGAAGCUCCCCCCGACUAUCUUCUGGAAAAGGAUAUUGUGUUGGUGGUGCCACAAUAUCGUCUGGGCCCCUUUGGAUUUUUGUCCACCAAAACGGAUGAAAUUCCCGGCAAUGCUGGUGUCUUGGACAUCUUUCUGGCUUUGCAGUACAUAAAAUAUUUUAUUAAAUACUUUGGUGGUGAUCCUAAUAAGGUGACUGUAGCUGGUCAGGUGGGAGGGGCUGCCAUAGCGCAUCUCUUAACAUUGUCGCCAAAGGUGGAAAAGGGUCUAUUCCAUCAGGUCAUAUAUCAUUCAGGAUCGGCACUUAUGCCCAUAUUUUUGGAGGAAAAUCCCAGAAAAUUUGCCCAAGAAAUAGCCGAAAAGGCAGAUUGUAAUCUUACAACGGUGGGUGAUCUAAACAGAUGUCUCAUGGAUAUGGCACCCUUGGAGCUUUUGGAAGCUUUUAUGGAACAUGGUAUUGAAAAAUCGGAAUUAGGUGUGGGCUAUACAGGUGGCAUACAAUUCACCAUCGGCGGACCUAGUGGCGUGCUGCCCGAACAUCCCUACGAUUUGAUGUUAAAGUCCAAUUAUUCCUAUCCUGCUAUGGGAGGGUGCCCGAAAAAUGCCGGAUCUAAGACAAUAAAUGAAAUUGUCGAAAAUGAUUUUGAGGGUAACAUACCGGAUGACACCUACAAUAGUUUCGACUACAUAGACCAUGUGAUACGCCAAGCUGUGGGCACGGACAAAACUAUGCUUCUUACCAGUUUCAUUACGCAUGACUUCUUCAAUAGAAGGCUUAUGGAAAAUGGAACAUUUGCAACACUCAUACCACGACUAAUCGACGUGGCCGGCACUCUUAUACAUAAAUUGCCCGUUUUAUUGGCUUUGAAUAUGAACAACAAACAUGUGCCGGAAAACACAUUCCUUUAUUCCUUUGACUAUGCGGGGGAAUUUAAUCGCUAUCGUGAUAUGGAUGAGGAGCACAAUAUGCAGAGCCCUUUCAAGGGCGGAGUAUCCUUGACAGAUGAGGCGUUGUAUCUCUUUCCCUAUCCGGAUCAUGUGAAAAAACUAAGUCCCCCCGAUGAGGCCAUGGCCAAGCGUAUGGUUGAUCUCUGGAGCUCAUUCGUUAUCAAUGGCCAUCCCUUUGGCAGCCACCGUAGUGGUUAUUGGCCUCCCAUGACCACAUUGUAUGGGCCCUAUGCAAAGUUAGAUGAAACCUUAACCAUAGCCGGCAAUUAUUUCAAAGAGUUUUCUGCCACCAUUCUGGAUGAGGAACAAGGCUACAGUCUGGUGCGGGAAGUGUACUAUUUGCGACGAAAUAAUUCCAAGAAACACACGAGACGAUUAUUUAAAUUAAAUCCCCGUAGAAGGUUCACCACAAAUCGGCUACAAGCCAAAGCUGACAAUAAGAGAGCCAAGAAAUCACAGCUUCAAAUUGGCAAGCCAUUAAGUAAAAAUAGUAUGUUUACAACAGGGUGUCGGCUAUGCCGCAAAUUCAAUGAACGUCUUGGUUUUAAUCUCUUCCAAUCUCGGCCAAUACCGGCAUAUGAACAUUUUCGUAGCAAAAUGAAAGUGCAAGUUUGA